CAGGCAGAAAGAAACAUGUCGGAGCGGAGCUGUGGAGGCUGCGUCGGCUGCGUCGGCUGAGCUGCUGAGCUGCUGGCAGUUUAAAGGCAACAGAAGGGCACUCAGUCACCGGGGAAGGGGCCGCCGUGUCGGAGAGGAUUCUGCCUAAAGGAUCGGGGAAAAGUGAACCUCUAACCGGGCAUCUAAUCGUGUUUUUUCCUCCAGAGGAGAGGCGAGCGGCGGGUAAGGAUUCCCAAAACAAGUCGGACAUGAACGGGGAAAUCGUAUGCAAUAGCCAUUCAGUCACUGUCUUAAGCUGCACCAAGUCCAUAUCACCAGUUCACGAUGAAAAGACGACCAUCAGGCUGACUCAGGAAGGAAGGUGCUCCCUGCAAAAUGAUGCUCAGAGGCAGGGGGAGGGCAGGAUGAUAAACACCAUCAGCGCUACACCAAAAGACUUGAAGGCAGAGAUGGAGAGCAGCUACAGCCAGUGUUCACCCUGCUGGUCAGAUGAACAGCGGUCACCUCCGCAGCUCCACUGCCCUCAGACCUGCCUCUUCUCCCCCCCAGAACUCAACCUGUCCUUUGCUAACAGCUUAGCUCACACUCCUCUCCAUGCGAACAACGGCAGCGCUCUCCAUGGACGCCAGAGGAGAGGAGCCCAGGCCAAGGUCAUAGGGAAGAAAACCACACGGAGAAUGGGAGGCGGGAAAAACUCCCAAAACCGAAAAGUUACUGACUUCUAUCCAAUAAGACGAAGCUCAAGGAAAAGUAAAACAGAGCUCCAGUGUGAAGAAAAGAAGCUCAUAGAUGAUCUCAUCACAAAUGGAAUCGAGGAUGGAAUGGAGGUACAGUAUAUAGAAGGAAAGGGGAGAGCAGUGUUCGCCACUCGGUGUUUCCAGAAAGGCGACUAUGUGGUGGAGUAUCACGGAGAUCUGCUGCAAAUCACCGAUGCUAAAAAGAAGGAGGCCGAAUACGCUCAAAAUCCUGCCACUGGCUGCUACAUGUACUACUUCCAGUACCUCUGCAAAACAUACUGUGUGGACGCCACAAAAGAGACUGGACGAAUGGGUAGGUUGAUAAACCACAGUAAAAAUGGGAACUGCCAAACCAAACUCCACGACAUCAACGGGGUCCCUCACCUCAUCCUCGUCGCCUCUCGAGACAUCGACAAGGGUGAGGAGCUGCUUUACGACUACGGGGACCGCAGCAAAGCCUCCAUCGCGGCUCACCCGUGGCUCAAAUAUUGAUCGAGGGUGUCCUUAAAGAAGUAAAGGGAAACGUACAGUAACACUUGUGUUUCUCAUUAGCUAGUGUACAAAAUGCCUUAGAAACAGAAUGUGUACCCUUUUUGUUGGAGGGACCUGGGUGGGGUUAGUUAGUGGGGCUGGUCGGGUGGUUCCCACAUUUCGAUUGAUGUCCAUCUGCCGCGUCAGAUGACACCUGUACUUUUUAUUUAGAUGUGUUUCUGAAACAUUCUGGUUGUUUUGCAGCACAUUUAUUUUGUACAUUUUGUAUUACCUAUAGACCAAUGCUUCUACAGCAGGUGGUAGUUGAUGCUCUGCAUUUUUAUACUACUUUUUUAAAUUAGUAGUUAGCAAUACUUCUAUUUAUAGCCCCGGAGCCCCUUUAGGAUCAGCAAGAACUAUGAGAUGCAAAUUACAAACUCUUUAAAAAAAAAAAAAAAAAAAAAAAAAUCUUGUUCAAGUCGUCAAUCUGUUAUUGAUCAGUGGGCGUAUAACAGUUUGCCGCAUUCAUGGUUCAGUUGGCAUUUUGGUUUGGUUUCGAUGUGUAAAGCAAGCUUCUGUUGAACAUGCAAACUCAAAAUCUUACUUUAAAAUAUAGAAAUUAUUCGUAUUGUUAUUAUUUUUUUACCAUAUAUCGUAUUUUUUAAUAUUAAAGAUACAGCAUAUAUUUGACUUUAUCAUGUAAAAAUGUUCAAAUAACAAAAGUUUCUGCAAAUACCUACAGAAUACUCUGCUGCAUCAAUUUGAAUGCAAAUGUAUGUAAAGAUUUGUUGGAUUAAACAUCUACAGGCAGUUUCCAUUUCUCCAUAUCCACAAUUACACAAUUAUCUCCACAGUGUUUUUCAUCUUUACAUCUUUCACUUAUAUUUAAAAUUUUCAGUGAACACACAAAACCAGGCUGUGCAAACUGGCCUGUGCUGACUUUUGUUCGUGGGUUUGGUGAACUGUUACACUCCUACUGUACAGAUUUUCAUCACAUCUGUUCCUCCUGUGCACAAAGCUUUGUUGAAUACCAGAUGUUCCAUGUCAGAGUGUUCAAUCAGCUGAUCCACCAAUGAGUCUUUAUUUUAGUAACUUUUUCAGUCAAAUGUUUUUUUUUUUUUUUCCAACAGGACUUCUGGCAGUUUAUACUUGAAAAUGGUUACUCCUAUUAAUGUUAUUUAUCUCAAUUUGUCCUCCUUUAGAAAGUCACAGAGGUAAAUUAUCUGUUGCUUUAAGGUGAUUAUUAAUAAGCGUAUACAGUGUUUUUUAAGGAAAUUUCAAAUUUUGUUCGUUAUGGUACGUGGUUUUCUCACACAAAUGGCUUAAAUUACACUGAAUAUAUAUUUAUAAAAGAGAACCUAACAAUGUUUAUAUAAAAAAUUAAUGUAUCACAGAAAUGUGGCCACAGAUUCCUGCUGAGUAGCAGCUGAACCUUCUUCAAAGAGUUAAAAUCAGGAUAAUAAAUUAGUUUUCAAGGAUAAAGAAGGUGAUGUAUAUUUUUGUUAUCAACAAAUUGAAGAACAGACCAAAAACUAUUUGUAAUUCCCUAAAACGUGUGGUCACAGAGGAAUUAAGAUAAAUAGGUUGAUAAGUUAUAUUCAUUGUUGAUUUUGGUCUUUUCGCAGGAUGUGUUGACAAAGAAAUACAGAAAAUUCCCAAAUGUAGCUGUUAAAUGUUAAAAUCUAUUCAUUCAGCGAAAUCGCUGUUUGAAUUUAUUGGUUCAUUACAAGCUUAAUCAAUUUAAAUGUGCUUGGCUAAGUCCCAAUGAAGUAGCAGUUUAGGACAAAUCUGUGUGUAUAAGGAUAUCACAUUUUUGCUGUAGAGAACUUUCUCUUCUUGUAUGUGCCCUUUGUGUUAUUGGUCAUAUUAUGUAAUUAUUACUAGUUGUUUUUACUAUGAUAACAUUCUUUUGGGGAUCCCAGGGCUUAAAGAUGUAGUCUAAUACUGUGAUAUAUACAUUUAUUUGCUGUCUUGCUGAAAUACAAGACAAUACAAUAACUUUAUUAAUUCCCGAAGGAAAAUUCAAUAAAAUAUUGUAGUUCAAUAUUUUAUUGAAUUCACAGAAUACAAUAUUGUAUUCUGUUUGAAAGUCGAUACCUUCAUCAUAGCUGAGCACUCAGUAUGAAGCCAUAGGCAGGAAACAGUUAGCCUAGCUUAGCAUAAAAACCAGAAACGGGGAAGCUAACCUGGCAUCAGCAAAAAGCUUUACAAAGAGCUGCAACUACAGCAACAGUGAAACUGAGAAAAAAAAGGACUGUGAGGUUUUAAUUUUCAUUAUAUAACCAAUGUGAAAGAUGCAGGAAAAAUGUAAUAUUUGUAGCCUAAAAGUGCUCAAAUUCAGGUCAACUAGUUUUGUCGUGUUUCUCUUAUUAUGAAAAAACAAAUAAAUAAAUGAAUCAUGAAUUAAUACAUAAAAAUAUUUGAUUUGAAGGCAGCUUAACCACAAAAAAAGUCCACUGGAAUUUAAAGCUACACUGCUCAGCAAGGCUAGCUAACUUUUAGCAUGUUAGCUUUUGGAAGGUCUAGCUUUGUUGCUUUACCUUUAUUCAGGUCUCGACCAUUUAAAAAAAACACAUUCAAAUCUAUUAUUGAAGACAGUCUAAAUGAAAUCCACUAAGUGGGAGCUACACUACUGAGCUAGCUUGCUAGUUAGCUAGACUAGCUAGUUCCAAAUUAACCAUUAACUAAAUACAUUAAAAUGGAAAGUGAAGGUAGCUUAACCACGUAAAAUUGAACUGAAAGUCAGAAGCUACAUCGCUAAGUUUGGGUAUGUCAGCUUUUUAAAGGACAAGCUUUGUUACUUUCUUUUCUACAGUAUAAUUUAAUAUUUAACGUAACUGUCUCAUUUAAAUAUAAUUUAUUCAGUAAAUAAGAUGUUGGAACAUUGAAGUUUACAUAAUCCUGUGAAACAGGAAAAAAUUUGGUAUAUUGGGUUUGGCUAAAUGUAGCUCACCAGCUGCAACUAGCUUGACUGUUUUCUGGUUUUUGUGAAUUUCUACUUUAUUUUCUUUCUCAAAAAAUUGUAUAUAUCUUUGGUAUAUAAUUUUUGUUGCAUAUUACUUAUUAUGGUCAGAACACAAUUUUUACUAAACAGGUAUUUGUUGGUGAAUAUUUUAAAAAAUUUGGACAGAGCCAGGCUAACUGUUCCCCACCUGUUUUCAGUCUUUAUGCUUAGCUAUGCUAAUAACCUCCUGGCUGUACGGAUAAGAAAGUGACUUUUUCUCACCUAACUCUUGGUUUAAAAAAAAAAAAAAAGCGAAUAAACGCAUUUCCAAUAAUGUCAAACCAUUUCUUUAAGCCUUCUGAAUUUAAUUUUUUAACUUAUUGUAGCAGCUUUGUUGGAAUUUUUAGAAAGAAAUGGCUGUUGUACUAAAUGUUGUCCAUCCUUAAUGCUUCUUUACAGCUUUUGAGGUUAGAUUUUUCAUAAAAGACAAGUUCAGUUCUUUUAAGUUAUUCUUGAAAUAUUUCAUACAUUGCUGAAUUCUGGUAUUUUUUGGAGGGGAUUUCUUGUUUUCAUUUUAAUCAAAUACAAGAUAAAUCUGUGUUAAUACAAAGAGUUGGGUCAAGUGUAUGCAAAGAAGUAAAUUUCAUGAAAUGCACUGUGUGUAAUAGACGAACAUACACUUGGACCUCCCUUGUCAACAUGUCCCCUGUCCCUUGUAACAGUAGCAUUGUGUUACAUGUGUGAAUUGUUUUCCUAUGAACCUUUCUUAACCAAUAUGUUACACUUUGGAAUAUUGUUUUUUUGUUCUUUUUUUUAUGUGGAACUAAUGCAAUAAUAUCUGAGGGGCAAACCUGACCUGUUGGCCAUUUUAGGACAUGAUAGAUCUUUGCUGUUGUAGCGUUGAAUAAAUCUUAAUGCUGGGGUUCGAUGAAUAAAGAUGUAAUAUGCAAGUAA